CCUCCCGGGGCAGCCCGGGGACGCCGGGCUCGGGCCUCUGCACUCGCCUUGGCCGGCCGGGGAGCCUUCCCCGUCGCCCCCAAAGUUUCUGGGUUCGUUGGAAUCUUUGGAUUCAGGAUUUUUUCUUUUUUGUUUUUCACCUACCAAUUUAAGGGGCAAACUUUUGACAAAUCGACCGCCCUUUCUCUCCGCUAGCUCUCUGUCCCCCUUCUUUUUUUUCGAGCAGGGGAAGGGGCUUACGAGAGAGGCUCCCGCUGGACAAAGUUUUCCAAAGUUUUCCGAGUGUGAUGGUUGCGGGGAGAGCGAACCCACCAGCUUGAUUCACGGCUUCCUCUCGCCAGCCCUCGAGCAGCCCCUAAGCCCGCUAUAAGGGAACAAACAAACAAACAAACAAACAAAGUUACAUUCCGAGUCGCCUCGUGUUUCCUCUCUCUCUUCUUUUAGGCAUUUUUUUUUCCUCCCUCUCUCCGCUCCCCUCGCAGCCUCCACUCCCCUUCCCUCGGCCCCUUCCUCCAUUUCUGUCUCGGCUGGAGGUGCCGGGACCCCCGGCCGCAGCCUCCCCUCCCCCGCCGCUCCGGCCCUUCUCUGGCCCUCCCCUCCCCCGCCGCGGCCGGCACAGCCAAUCCCCCAAGCGGCCGCCAACAUGCUCUUUGAGGGCUUGGAGCUGGUGUCGGCGCUGGCCACCCUCGCCGCGUGCCUGGUGUCGGUGACGCUGCUGCUGGCCGUGUCGCAGCAGCUAUGGCAGCUGCGCUGGGCUGCCACCCGCGACAAGAGCUGCAAGCUGCCCAUCCCUAAGGGCUCCAUGGGCUUCCCGCUCAUCGGAGAGACCGGCCACUGGCUGCUACAGGGCUCCGGCUUCCAGUCGUCGCGGAGGGAGAAGUAUGGCAACGUGUUCAAGACGCACUUGCUGGGGAGGCCACUGAUCCGCGUAACGGGCGCGGAGAACGUACGCAAGAUUCUUAUGGGCGAACACCACCUCGUGAGCACCGAGUGGCCGCGCAGCACGCGCAUGCUGCUGGGCCCGAACACGGUGGCCAACUCCAUCGGCGAUAUCCACCGCAACAAACGCAAGGUCUUCUCCAAGAUCUUCAGCCACGAAGCCCUGGAGAGCUAUCUGCCCAAGAUCCAGCUGGUGAUCCAGGACACACUGCGUGCCUGGAGCAGCCACCCGGAGGCCAUCAACGUGUACCAGGAGGCGCAGAAGCUCACCUUCCGCAUGGCCAUCCGCGUGCUGCUGGGCUUCAGCAUCCCCGAAGAGGACCUGGGGCACCUCUUUGAGGUCUACCAGCAGUUUGUGGAGAACGUCUUCUCCCUGCCUGUUGACCUGCCCUUUAGCGGCUACCGGCGGGGCAUUCAGGCACGGCAGAUCCUACAGAAGGGCCUGGAAAAGGCAAUCCGGGAGAAGCUGCAGUGCACCCAGGGCAAAGACUACUUGGACGCACUGGACAUCCUCAUCGAGAGCAGCAAGGAGCACGGGAAGGAGAUGACCAUGCAGGAGCUGAAGGACGGGACCCUGGAGCUGAUCUUCGCGGCCUAUGCCACCACUGCCAGCGCCAGCACCUCGCUCAUCAUGCAGCUGCUGAAGCACCCGGCCGUGCUAGAGAAGCUGCGGGAGGAGCUGCGGGCCCAGGGCAUCCUGCACAGUGGCGGCUGCCUCUGUGAGGGCACGCUGUGCCUCGACACGCUCAGCGGACUGCACUACCUGGACUGCGUCAUCAAGGAGGUCAUGCGCCUUUUCACACCCAUUUCUGGCGGCUACCGCACUGUGCUGCAGACCUUCGAGCUUGACGGUUUCCAGAUCCCCAAAGGAUGGAGUGUCAUGUACAGCAUCCGGGAUACCCAUGACACGGCGCCCGUGUUCAAAGACGUGAACGUGUUUGACCCCGACCGCUUCAGUCAGGCGCGGAGCGAAGACAAGGACGGCCGCUUCCAUUACCUCCCCUUUGGUGGCGGCGUCCGGACCUGCCUGGGCAAGCACCUGGCCAAGCUGUUCCUGAAGGUUCUGGCGGUGGAGCUGGCCAGCACGAGCCGCUUUGAGCUGGCCACACGGACCUUCCCUCGCAUCACCUUGGUCCCUGUCCUGCACCCCGUGGAUGGCCUCAGCGUCAAGUUCUUUGGCCUGGACUCCAACCAGAACAAGAUCCUGCCAGAGACCGAGGCCAUGCUGAGCGCAACUGUCUGAUGGCGCCUGACCCACACCCCCACCUCAGCCUGGCCAGGCCAUGGGGGUGGGAGGCGAUGGAAGGGUAGAAACCUGUGUGUAGAGGGGGCUGGAACCUGGGGAAGAGGGAGCAGCCCCCCAGACCUCACCCUCCCCUGUCCCCCCUUCCUGGCAAACCCUACCCAAAGCCAAAAGGGCCCCAUCCUUUGGGGGAUGGGGGUCUUCCUCCUGGCUCUUGCUUCUCUCCCAUCUCUCUCCAGUUUCCACCAGCUUAGCUCCUGGGAAAGGGCGCGGCGGGGGGUCUGCAUGCCUGUUACAGUGUUAAAUGUCAGUCAGCUCGUGCUGCAGUGUCUGCUUGUGAUGUUCCAAACUGGUCCCUCCCCUCCCGUUCCUUUUGGACGCUUCCAGUUUGAGGUCAGGUGGUUGACAUGGGGGAAGGAGGAAAGCAGGUGCCACCUUUGGUGCCCUCUUCAUUGCCCCUCCCCCUCGUGCCUCUGGAGUGCUCCUUCCCAGAGUGUGGCCUCCGAGGAACAGCAUCCUGAGUAAUAAAAGAGAGUCACCCUUGGUGAGGGCAGGGGCUGCCACCAGCCUGAAGGGGCCUGGCCCCUUUACCAGUUUGGACAUUUGAAAUUACCUAUUGCUGCUACUUUUUCUCUCCUCUGACCUUGGGGCAAAGGAGCCCCAGGCCCUGUCCUCCCAGCAUCUUCCCUGGUGGCCCUGGGCUCCCGCACUGACAUCCCCUCCUUCCCGCCAGGCAGCCUUGAGCCCACCCUGCUCCCCUGUUACACACACGCCUAAGGCCCUUGGCUCUCGGGCUGCCUCCUGCUCCUCCCCCCGUAUUUAUUCACUGAUGUAACCUAAUCUUGGUGUUACUGGGGGCUGGAACAAGCAUCUCCUCUGUCCCCUAGCCUCUGCCCACAGAUGUCCCGGGCAGGACUUCUGUGAGUGACGCAGCACACCUCCCUCCCCCAACCCCCAGGGUUGAUGGCUCCCCCAGGCUCCAGACCUUCUGUGGGUUCAACCUCAGACCCUCACUCCCAGGGGGAAAUCUUGCGCCUCGGCCUUUGUCCCCUGGUGGAGAUGGCGAAAUGGCCCACGGCCUCCCUCCCUGUUCUGUCCAAGACCGGGAUCACGUGGGGACUUGAAGGCUGCCGCCAUCUCCUCUUAGGCCACUUUCACCCUGGUGCCCCCACUCCGGCUAGUGAGUAUGGGGAAGGAUACGGGUUCUUUCUUCUGACGGGGAGCAAAGGCCUCCGUCGUCCCUUCCUUGACCCUCACCCUUUGCCCUUUGCCCUUGGAAAGGUGUCCUUGAAGUCCCUUCCCACCUCUAUGCCACUGUCUGCUUAGCCCAGCUCAGGGGUGUGGGGACAAGAUGAAAGCAAGGGAGGUGAGCAUAGAAGGCAGCCCUCCUCGGAGCAGCCUUGGCCCUGGGCUGGGUCUGGAGGUGGCACCGGGUGGGUGGGCUGCAGCGAGAGGCAGGACGAGUGCACGUGCUAUUUGUCAGAAGUGAUUUGGUUGAAAACGGCGGUCAGGGGAUGACGAGGAAAGAGGAGUAGCUCCUGCCACCCCUCCCCUGCAUUUUGAGUGUUGGCAGUUUGGGAUGCCUCCCAGGGAUGGUUGGGGGCCUUGGUGAGUCUGUAUGUGAUUUUGUCUGUUUUCAGAGUUUUCUUUGCUUUCUGUGUUUCUCUGUUGGCUUUUGAUGUUAUAAAGGCAGUGAAUCCUUUUUACCAGAAAAUCAAAACUACACAGAAGAAUGCAGGACAGCAAUCCCCUUAGUGCCCUCUCCAAGCAGUGACCACUCAGAGCAGCUCAGUGGCCCCUCCAGCAGUGUUCAGCCUCAGCCUCGCUCACCCCCACCUCGGGGCGGCGUUACCGGAGUGGGCUCCUCUGUGACGGACUGUUCUGUAACUCCCCGUUCUCAAGGGUUUCAUUUGGUUCCUACCUUUUCACUAUCGAAAAAAGUACAGAACAGACAUUAUUGGCCAAAAUAGACAUUUAAAAAAAAUUAGUAAAAUCUCUCAAUCCCCCCCCACAUUCUGAAAAACAGGCAAAAAUGUGUAAAGACUCAUCAAAGCUUGCAAAAUAGCUGCAUGGUCCACCAGAAUUUGUUACCCACAAAAAAGCCCAGUGUCUGGAAAGUUCAUUCUCCGUGGAACUGACCCCAGCCUGCCCCGAACCAACUGUUUUUGACUGAAUAUCCGGGAAUGCAGUAAGUGCCGCUCCGACAGGGAGCCCAUCGCCCGGCCCUGGUGGGGGUGCUCUGGGAGGCCUCAGACGCCUUCGGUUGGGGUGACCAGCCUGGGAGGAGCAGAGAAAAGCUGAGGGGGAUCCCUGUGAGGGAGGAAGGAAGGAUCAUUUGCCCCGCUGGGUCUCAAAGGCAACAAGAAGAGAACUGGAGAACGCUCUUGGCUGGCUGAAGGAGGGUUCCAGUGUCGAAGUUUGUCACCUCUCCUCUAGACGUCCAUCCGUGUCUAUGUUUGUGUGUAGGUUUUAUAGAGGUAACAUUAGAUGGGUGGCGUUUUCUCACUUACCAUUCCUAACUAUUGUAACUUGACAUUAAAAAGACAAAACCCCACAAAACUCUUCCUGCCAUGGGCUUGCAGAAUGAAGCACUUUCGAUGUUGGGCGCUGGCGUUUGUGUUCUGGGCACCAUCCUGACCCUGCCCAGGUCGCUAUAAUAUUAUUUUAUACACAAAACUUUUUUUUUUUCAUAAAUGUUAUAAUUUUGUGUCUGUCUUUAUAAACUAUUAUAAGUACUAUUUUUGUUAUAAUUCAAAAUAGAUAUUUAGUAUAAAGUUUUUGCUGUUAAAUAUUUGUUAUUUAGUAAAAUAUGAAUUUUUUUCUCUAUUGUAAACAUGGUUCAAAAUAUUAAUAUGUUUUUAUCACAGUUGUUUUAAUAUUGAAAAAGCACUUGUGUGUUUUGUUUUGAUAUGAAACUGGUGCCGUGUGAGUGUUUUUGCUGUCAUGUGGUUUUAAUCUGUAUAUAAUAUUCCAUGUUGCAUAUUAAAAAAAUGAAUGUUGUGCAUUUUGUGA